AUGGCCAUCAACGUACCCCCAUCGAGACAGCGAGUCGAGCCGGGAUCCUUUGACAUCCCACUCGGUGAGCUCCCCGAGACGAACAAAACAACCCCCGAGAACCCAGACGAAAUUGCGACGGAGAUCAUCCGUCGAUUGAACACCACCCUUGUCUCGGGUGAUAAGGAGGCCAUCGCCGAGAUCCUGUCUGAUAAUGGAUACUGGCGUGACCACCUGUGCUUCUCAUGGGAUCUCCGCACUGUCAAAGAUCGUGAGGACAUUAUUGCACUCACAGCUGGUCAGGAAAAUUUGAAGAUUGAAAUUGACCGUGGCUCGCCACUUAAGGCCCCGCAUGCUGGUCCUAUUGAUGCAUUUGGUGAGGUGCACGGAAUAGAGUUCUUCAUCAAGAUCACAACCAAGAAUGGGGCUGGAAGUGGAGUCGUGCGACUUGCUCAGUAUGGCGAGGAGUGGAAGAUAUUCACCGUCUUUACUUCAUUGGCUUCAUUGUUUGGUUGUGAUGAAGCCAUUCGCAAGAACAGACCCACUGGUGUGCAGCAUGGUGCGCAGCAAGGCAGGCAGAAUUGGCAAGAUCGUCGCAUUGCCGAGGAGGGUUUUGAGGAGAAAGGACCCGCAGUCUUGAUUGUCGGUGCCGGCCAGGGUGGUCUCACUGCCGCUGCACGUCUGAAGAUGCUCAAUGUCGACACUCUGAUUGUCGACAACGAGAAAAGAAUCGGAGAUAGCUGGCGCAAGCGUUAUCACCAACUGGUGCUCCACGAUCCAGUGUGGUAUGAUCACAUGCCAUACCUGCCAUUCCCGGAGUGCUGGCCCAUCUUCACACCCAAGGAUAAGCUGGCCGAUUUCUUCGAAAGCUAUGUCAAGCUGCUGGAGUUGAAUGUCUGGACCCAAACCGAAAUCAUGGAAACGAAAUGGGAAGAGGACACGAAGCGGUGGAAGGUCAUGCUGUACCGUAGUACGGACGAUGAGAGAGUAGAGCGCCAUGUCUUGUACCCACGUCAUAUAAUCCAGGCGACUGGUCACUCGGGAAAGAAGAAGGUGCCAAUUUUCAAGGGCAUGGAUGGCUUCAAGGGCGAUCGUAUCUGCCACAGCUCGGAGUUCACUGGCGCGAAGCCAGAUUCCAAGGGCAAGAAGGCUGUCGUCGUCGGCUCGUGUAAUUCGGGCCACGAUAUCGCCCAGGAUUACUAUGAGAAGGGAUAUGAUGUGACAAUGGUCCAGCGCAGCUCGACCUGCGUGAUUACAUCUGAUUCCAUUGUGAAUAUCGGCUUGAAAGGGCUCUAUGAAGAGGGUGGUCCCCCUACUGAGGACGCGGACUUGUACCUGUACAGCAUCCCACCCCCCUUGCUCAAAGCGCAACAGAUCAAAGUCACCAAGAUGAUGAACCAGAAUGACGCCAAGACCCUUGAAGGACUGGAAAAGGUGGGAUUCAAGGUCGACAUGGGACCCAUGGACGCCGGGCUUAUCAUGAAGUAUUUUCAGCGCGGGGGUGGAUACUACAUUGACGUAGGUGGCAGUCAACUUAUCAUUGAUGGCAAGGUCAAAGUAAAGCAAGGCCAGGAGAUUAGCGAGAUUCGCCCCAAGGGAAUCGCUUUUGCGGAUGGCUCAACUCUUGAUGCUGACGAGAUUAUUCUUGCAACUGGUUACCAGAACAUGAGGUCUAACACUCGCUUGAUCUUCGGUGACGAGGUUGCUGAUCGCGUUGGUGAUGUCUGGGGACUUAACCAGGAGGGUGAGUUCCGGACCAUCUGGCAGCGCAGUGGACACCCUGGAUUCUGGUUUAUGGGGGGAAACCUUGCUCUUUGCCGAUACUACUCUCGCAUAUUGGCUUUGCAGAUCAAGGCUAUUGAGGAGGGAAUCACCACUUACUGA